AUUGCUUUGAAUGGCGGAUGAGUUGUAACAACAGAAAUGUGUCUACAAUAAUUUGUUGUAUGUUGUUUUUCAAUUGUUUAAUUUGUCCAAUCAUUAAUUGAUCACAAUGAAUAUGUUCAUUCGGUUAUUAAAUUCGUUUAUUAACAUCGAUUAAUCGAUGUUUAUUUUACUUUCAGUCCAUCAGAUACUUGAAUUAAUUCAUAAUGAAAAUUUCUUUGAUUCCUUCACAUAAUUAUAAAUAUUGAAUAUUUUUUCAUGAAAUUUGGUAUGCCACCAUUUGAGAGGGUGCCCAGCUCAAUGGUUAUUUUAAAUUUUUCCUAAAAAAUCGCUACUACGAUUUCUUGAAUGUUAACCUAUGAAAAUAUUCGCAGCAAGUCUUGGUUUUUGUAGAAAGAAAAUGAUAUUUGAUCCCAAAGUACAGUUUUUUGAACUCUAAAAUUCAAAAGAAAGUUCUUCGUAGUUGCUAUCAAGUGAGUCACACGGUGUGUAAAAGAUAUCAAUAAGAAUUUUGUAUGUAGCAUAGAUAUUUCGAAUUGGCUACUCUACAUGUAUUUGUAAUUAGUGUCAGUUGUCAUAUACAGUUGAUGUUUAUAUUGUUAAUUUUAGAGUUCUGUUUGCUGUUUUCUUUGUGUUCAUUUUUCUUUCAGUGUCCAACAUAUAAAGUUAACGGCGUGAACGUGAACAAUCAAUAUGACAAUUGACAUUAAUGACACAAAAGUAUCGUGCGUAGUUGUGUUGUGAUCUGUGACAAACGUCAAACACUUUUGUAUCAAUGUCAUGAAUGUCAAAAUAUUAUCUAUAUCAAUUAUUUCAAUUUUGAAACCCAUAUAUUAAGUACAAACCCACAUACCUAUAUGUAGGUAAUUUGUUAUUUCCUCGCAGAGUACUUUUCUCUUAGGUUUACUGUAUUUAAUUUAAUUCGUUGGAGUGAGGAAAGUGGUCAAAAAACUAAUACAAUCAUUGAAACACCUACUUUGUCCACAUUCCACUUGAAAAUGGCUACUGGUGAAUAUGGAAACCUUAUCAAAGAGGAGGUGAAAUCUGCUCUCGAAGAACACAUUUCCAAAGAAAAAUGUGAUGCACCGGAAAUUAUUUCAAAGAUGAAAUUUGAGUUAGAAAAUAUCAAAAGUGAAGAUGUCGUUGACGUUGUUUAUGAUAUGAAAUCUGAAAAGUGUGUGGAAGAAGGAAAAAGGGGAUUACAAUGCGAGGUGUGUGGAGGUUUGCUUUGUACAACUGAUUUCUUCAGUCCUGAUAGUUUGGAAUCCAUUUGUAACUGUCAGAAUGAGUCUAAUGAUAGGCAAGAUGAAGAUAUGACUUGGGACUUCAAACCAUUUAACAUUGGCGCAGAUUCUAGAAACUUUCAUUUUGAAAUUAAGGAAGAAACACUAGUUGGGAAGGAAGAGGAGGUAGACAAUGAAAAUGUGCCAUCAACGUCAUAUGAAAACGAAAUUUCUGUUGAAAGUUUUCAUGUUGUUAAUCACAAAACGCUAAUUAAAACUGAGGAGGUUGAUGAAACAUUUAGAUCUGGGUACGAUUUGAAAUCAGUUGGGCAGAGGAUUCAAGAAGAUAACAAAAUGGGCUCAAAAAAUCUGAAUGAACAAACUGAUUCUAAGAACUUUCAUUUUGAAAUUCAGGAAGAAACACUAGUUGGGAAGAAAAAGGAGGAAGAAACUGAAAAUGUGCCAUCAACGUCAUGUGAAAACAAAAUUUCUAUUGAGAGAUUUCAUGUUGUUAAACACGAAACACUACAAAAAACUGAGGACGAUGAAACAUUUAGAUCAGGGUACGAUUUGAGUUCAGUCGAGCAGAGGUUUCAAGAAGAAAACGAAAUGUGCUCAAAAAAUUUGAAUGAAAGUACCAGUAUUGGAAACAGACCUAUAAAGAAAAUCUUCAACUGUAAAGUCUGCACAAGAUCAUUUUCUCAAAGUUGUGAUUUGAGAAGACAUGAAAGAAUUCAUACUGGUGAAAAACCCUUUCAGUGUAAACUGUGCUCUAAGUUUUUCACCCGCAAAGAUAGUUUGACAGCACAUGAAAAGAUUCAUACUGGUGAAACACCAUUUCAGUGUAAAAUUUGCUUAAAGUCAUUCAUUCAGAGAUGUAACUUGAAGUCCCAUGAAAAAAUUCAUACUGGCGAGAAACCCUUUCAGUGUAAAAUGUGCUUCAAGUUUUUCACUCGCAAAAAUACUUUGACAUCGCAUGAAAAGAUUCAUACUCGUAAAAAAUCAUUUCAGUGUAAAAUUUGCUCAAAGUCAUUCAUUCAAAGAAGUAACUGGAAGUCCCACGAAAAAAUUCAUACUGACGAGAAACCAUUUCAGUGUAAAACCUGCUCUAACUCAUAUAUUCCACCAAGUCACUUGAAAUUGCAUGAAAAAAUUCAUACCGGCGAAAAGCCAUUUCAAUGUGAAAUGUGCUCCAAAUCUUUUAUUUGAAAAAUUAAUUUGAUUAGCCAUGAAAACAGUCACACUGUUGAAAACCUAUCUUAAAAGUUGGGGAGUGAUCUUUAUAUUUGAGGAUUUAUUCAGAAGAGGACAAAGUAUUGGAUGAUCGCGGUUUUCAAGUCUCCAUUGUACUGCCCAUGGCUCUGUAUCAUCAAUUAGGUUGGGUGUUCCACAAGGUUCAGUUAGGAGGUCCGAAAUGAUCAAACUGAGAUUGGGAUUGGUCAUA